UAUUAUUUCUAAUAAACGUAAAUAUCCAACCUUCGAUGUUAUCUGGCACAACGAGCCUGGACCUGGAUUUGAAAAUUUCCUGGACACUCCCUGUCAAUAUUGGGACGCGAAGAUAAAAGAACGAAGUACGGAAGAGGAAAGGAGAAUGCGAUACGUCUCGAAAUCAAUUCAGGUAGCUACCCAUGGAACUACGUCUUCGCAUGGUUAUGGACUACGUCUCCGCUACUACAGCUACCCAUGGAACUACGUCUUCGCAUGGUUAUGGACUACGUCUCCGCUGUUGGCUACAGCUACCCAUGGAACUACGUCUUCGCAUGGUUAUGGACUACGUCUCCGCUAUAGCCAGCCUGUGACUGCUAAUUUUAGUUUGGAUAACCUUGAUACGCUAAUAUAUAAACUUUAUUUUUGUAAGGUCGAAUCUAGAAAGACGGGACAAAUCGACAAUUUUUGGAAGAAUCACUUAUCUAAAUCGAAAAAGAAAAAUUUUGAACAGAUGAACGCAGAAAAUGUAACUUUAUCUAUUUCGUCUUGCGAGCAAGUACAAAUUGGCGGUGUUGGUAACGCUCAAGUGCGCAAACGAAUUCAACCAAGCAUUGAAGAACAAAUCGAAAGUCGGAAAGUCUUUAUAGGCAUUAAUAAUCUCGAUGCAAAACCUAUAACAAAAAGAAAUAAUGAUGAAAAGAAUCCGGAUGAUAAAAUUAAUAAUAUAAAAAAAUCCCAUCUCAUUAAGUCAAACCAUAAUGAUAGCUUUGAUAUUGAAAUCAGCAGAUUCAAAAAUAAACCAAGAGCUACCAUCUGUUCCGUCUUCUAA